CGUCGCGCCAGUUCGCGGGAGAAAUUCGAAAGUGGAUUCUGUGACCGUGAGGAGGUGAAGACUUUCUUCUCGGGGGGAUGAAGGGUGGCUAGGCCGGGAGGCUUGGCACGGUUGGGAGAGCAUGGACACCGAGUCACCUCCACGGAAGCGGCCCACGGGGCGCCGUUAGGAUGCUGGAGAAUAUAAACUGUUGAAUAAAAACUGAUUAUUUUCUGGACCUGACUGGCUUAUAAUUUCAGAAGAAACAAUGGAAAGUCAAGAAUUUAUUGUCCUAUAUACUCACCAAAAGAUGAAGAAGUCAAAAGUGUGGCAAGAUGGAGUUCUGAAGAUCACUCCCUUAGGCAACAAGGCCAUUUUAUAUGACGACAAAGGAGCAUGUUUGGAAAGUCUAUUUCUUAAGUGCCCUGAGGUGAAACCUGGCGAUGACUUGGAAGGUGAACGAUACUUAAUCACAGUUGAGGAGGCUAAGGCUGUUGGAAGCCGAGCUGUUAAAACAGAUGGUACUAGGGAAGCCCUGGAGUCAGGUCCAAGGUCGUUUAUAUCCUCGAGCCGGUCUCUUGGGUGUCAGCCCUCUGGCUUAAAAAGGAAGGCUACUGGCUUUCAAAGACCAUAUAAGGUACCAAAGACAGUGACUGUUACAGAAAAUGGUGAAUCAGCUGCCUCGUUUGGUGAUUCGGAACCUGGCCCGACAUUUCCUUCCCUGUUCUCCAGCACACCUCCUUUGUUUUCUGCUGUUGGUCAGAAAGAUAUAAGUCAUAUACCAGCAGACCAUGAGAAUUCUGUCACCUUCAGGAGCAGAGAGAGAUAUGACAGUCCUUUUCCACUUGCCUCUUCAGCCUUCAGUAUUAACUCAGACACACUAAGUAAAGAGGACAACUCUUGUUUUCCCAUCACCUCUGAAACCCAGCAUUCAGACUCUUUACUGGCCAGUGAGCCUGUGAGAAGAAAUGGUUUGGAAUCUCACUGUCCUGGAGUUUCACGAAACCUCAGAAGCAAAGCACAAAUAUUAGCUCUUCUGAAGUCCAAAUCUACCAAUGUGAGUAAGGAUCUGACCUGUGAGAUUACAGGGCGAUUUCCUAAAAUACAACCACAGGGAUGUUCAAAGAUCACUUCUAAGCCAAAGGAAGAGUAUGCUGAGAGAAAGAACUCAGGGAGUUUACGCUGUGAGCUACAGGCAGAGAAUCCCCCAAGAACUACAAGCCGGUGGACCAUGUAUUUACCGUCCCAGAGGUCGCCUCCCUGUUCUGUUACAGAUGAGAACGAUACAGAGGACAAACCUGAAGCCCAAGAAAAUGUGAACAUUUUGAAUUCUGAACUUUUGGUAGAAAAAAAGGCAGAGCUCUUUGAAACAUGUGCUGAAAAGGGAGAAUUGUACAGAGAAGACAAGCCAGUAGACAGUAAUUGCCAGUACUGGGAGCAUGAAGAAAACUUAGGUGUGCCUUCAUCCUGUGAAAACAACGACUUACUGGUUAGCUGCAGCAGUAAAGAAAAUGUUGAUUUCUUAUUAAAACCUGACAUUCAGAACAAUAGCCAAGUACUUUCCAGUCAAAAUGACAGUGUGUGUAUGGAAGGAUUGCUUUGCACUGGAGAAAGUAUUCAGGUGGCAGAUGCAGAUGCAGCACUGGAACAAGAGUAUCUGUCCUGUUCAUCAGGAAUAGAACAUAAACAAACUGAAGUUGAAUCUUCUCUAAGUAGCCACUCUAGGACCUCUGAUGACAUUGCAGACAUAGGUUCUAAAAGUAGAGCUGAUAGAGAAAGUCUGGAUACUAUUCAUCCACCUUCACAACCAUUUUUGGAAGUUUCUUUUAAUUUGAGCAAUUUUGAGACCAGUGACACUGAUGAGGCAUCACAAGAAGACAACAAACUUUCCCAGGAUUCAGAGAGUAGGGAAAAGGAAGUUUUGCUUACAGAUGAUUCAUGUGGAGAUAUAGGCUGCCAAGAAAUUGCACAGAAACCCUUGCCACUCCUACCCUCUGCCAAUGGCAGGCCUAAAGAGCUCCUUCCUGCUAAGGAGACCCUGUUGUCCGAGUUUUGUGAUAGAACCUGUGUGGGUUUUUACUCAGGACCGCACGAAGAUGCAGACACCAGAAAAGCAGCAUGGGAGCAGUGUGGUGAUGCAGGGAGCAGUCUGGACUCGUCGCAGGAGUGGAAUGAGGAGGUACCCGGAGAUAGCGGAGAAGAUGCUGAGAAACCUAUCCAAAGAGAUGGAGUUAAUGACGGUAGUGUUUCACCCUCGGAUAAACCCAAAGGUAUAAGUACAGGUCUACACAGUCCUUAUUUUUUAAACACAGUCACUAAUCUGGCUCCUGAAAAGAGUGACCUGUUCUCAGAAGGUACUCAGCCUCAGCCUUUUAUUUUGGGAAGUCACAUGGAUGAAAAUGAUGAGCAGAUUUUAUCAUCAGUCUCUAGCAGGGGCAUUAGUAUCCAGCUAUUGAAUACCAGUCAGGAUCACUCUGAAUAUCGUGGACUAGAUGAAUCCAACACGCAGGUUUCUAGUUCUUUAUUUUACCCUGUGGGAACAAAACACCCUAUUUACAAAGACACUGAAGCAUACAUUCUUGAAUCCGAAGAUUUUGGAAGGAUUAGAAGUUUGCCAUGUGAUCAUUUUGAAGUGGAAACUACACAGAGAAGCAAACAAUCCUGGGCUACUUCUAGAAAUUCUUCAGAUCUUUCUGAAACAAUAAAUAACAUGUCCCUUUUACAGUCACUGUCUGAGCAUAGCACAGCUGUAGGAAGCUUGGCACCGAUGUUUAGAAAGCACGCCCUUCAACAAGGAGCUCAGUACAUCCGAGACCCAGAUGUCAGUCCUGAAGCCAGGAAAUCACCUGCCACAGUAGUUUCACAUACUCUGCUAGAGCGUCCUCUUGAGCAGUGGGCUUCUCAGCAGCCUGUUGAGUUUCAAGGACAUCAGGUGAAAGGAUCGGCUACUAGUGGUGUUAUGGUCAGAGGACACAGAGUACAGCUAGGAUGCAGUCAGUUUCCAGAUAGCGUUGACUAUGAAAACUUCAUGACACAGACUCCUGUUUGGACACCAGAGUUGCCUAGCACUUGUAUGCAAACUAACUUCUUGCAGGUCAUCUCGCCAGAACAAAAGAUCUCUGCAUUGAGCCCCACACCUACUUUUUCUUUCAACACAAGAAAUGAAGACUCUGUGCUUGAGUUCUCUGAGGAGUGUCUGAGAGCAAGGACUUUCCCUGGAUUGAAAAACACUGAUUUUCUGGAGAGUAAGGACCGUCAAAGGUUUCCAUUUGCAAGAAGAGCCUCGGUUCCCUUCAUUACGUUGCCACCUGGCGAUGGGCCAGCAGUCUUAGAUUCUUGUUCAUUUAUGACUGAUGGCGACGCACAAGAGCCUUCUGGUUCUCCUGUGUUGGACCUGUGUGAAGAAUCGGUCCUUUCAUUUGCCCUUGGACCUGAGGACCAGGGUGAGCUUUCUUUCUGUGAAGGGUCUAGAGAAGGGACUCCAGAUGUUUCACUGCUUCCUAAGAAUUCUGCUCAAAGCAAGUGGCUGAAAUAUCAGAACACACUCCAGUGCAACUCGGCUUCUCCAAACAGAAUUGACAGCCAAGUAACAGAGGGCCUCUUUGCUGAGGUUGUCUCUGGGAUGCGGUGUAGCCACACACGUGAGAGGCAGAGUAAUGCUGGGAACGAGAGCGCUGUGGACCCUGUGCACUUGCAGAUGAUAAAAGGCAUGCUCUAUCAACAGCAGCAGGACUUCAGCAGUCAAGAUUCCGUUUCCAGAAAGACAGCUCUCUCUCUGAACUCAAAGCACACUUCCAAGACUGAGGAAAUUCAGGCUGUGUUAGGAAGCUCUGCCAGCUACAACUCCAGAGUCAAAGAUUUACAGGAGAUAAAUGGUUCAGAGCUAUGCUUCCCGAGUGGGCAGAAAAUAAUAUCAGCUUAUCUUCCUCAAAGGCAAGUUCACAUACCAGCUGUUUUCCAGUCUCCCACUCACUAUAAGCAGAUCUUUACAUCUUCUAUCAUAGAGCAUCUGAAUAUAUUACUGUUUGGAUUGGCACAAAGGUUAUACAAAGCCCUUUCCAAAGUUGACAUAUCCUUUUAUACAUCAUCAAAAGGAGAAACACUGAAAAGUGGAAAAAGUAAUUCACCAUCUUGCCAUCAUAAUCAACCUGCCAAACUAGUCAUGGUUAAAAAAGAAGGCCCAAAUAAGGGUCGUCUCUUUUAUACAUGUGAUAGGCCCAAAGGUAAUCAAUGUAAAUUUUUCAAAUGGCUUGAGGAAGCAACUCCAGGACAGUUAUCACAGGAUGAGUCUCAGCCCAACAUGGUUUUUAAUGAUGUUAAGAGUAUUGGCUCGUAUUUAAGAAGUCAAAAGAUACCAGUCUAUGAGGAAUGCCAGCUUUUGUUGAGGAAAGGAUAUGAUUUUCAGAGAAAACAGUAUGGUAAACUAAAGAAGUUUGCAACUGUAAAUCCUGAAUUUUACAGUGGAACAAAAAGUAAGAUUUAUCUUAAGCUGAGUCGGAAGGAGAGCUCUUCAAUUUAUAAUAAAGGUGAUCUUUGGGUGAUUUCAAAAACCCUAGACUUCAAACUAGAUACCUUCAUCGCAUGCAGUGCUUUCUUUGGGCCGUCUUCGGUGAACGAAGUGGAGCUGCUGCCUUUGAAAGGCUAUUUCCCUUCUAAUUGGCCCACCAACAUAACAGUCCAUGCAUUAUUGGUUUGUAAUGCCAGCACAGAGCUGACCACUCUGAAAAACAUUGAGGACUACUUUAACCCAGUUACUCUUCCAAUAAUGCCACACCUGUUAGCAAUGUCUCAGCCAACUACAUUUAGCAAUAAAAAUGUCAGUAAAAGAAAAUUUAUCCCACCAGCCGUUGCAAAUAUUAAAACAAAAGCUGAACUCCUGAACCUAGGAGCAACCCUGCAGUUAGCUAGUGAGUUGAUUGACAUACACAGGUUGAACAAGGAUCAAGCUACAGCACUAAUUCAGAUAGCUCAAAUGAUGGCCUCCCAAGAAAGUGGUGAAGACACACUGGAGCCCUGCACCCAUUCCCUGCCUGUCACAAUUAUCCAUGGUGUUUUUGGAGCAGGCAAAAGCUAUUUGCUGGCUGUGGUGAUUUUGUUCUUUGUACAGCUGUUUGAAAAGUGUGAUGCUGGAACAGUUGGAAAUGGAAGGCCAUGGAAACUUCUCAUUUCUUCUUCCACUAAUGUAGCUGUUGACAGAGUGCUUCUUGGGCUUCUCAGUCUUGGAUUUGAAAAGUUCAUCAGAGUUGGGAGUGUUAGGAAGAUUGCCAAGCCAAUUUUACCUUACAGCUUGCAUGCUGGCUCAGAAAAUGAAAGUGAACAAUUGAAAGAACUGCAUGCAUUGAUGAAGGAAGACCUGACUCCUGCAGAAAGGGUUUAUGUGAGAAGAAGUAUUGAGCAACAUAAACUGGGGACCAACAGAACCCUGCUGAAGCAGGUCCGAGUCGUUGGCAUUACCUGUGCAGCCUGCCCGUUCCCAUGCAUGAAUGACCUUAAAUUCCCUGUGGUGGUGCUGGACGAGUGCAGCCAGAUGACAGAACCAGCCUCGCUCCUUCCUAUUGCAAGGUUUGAGUCUGAAAAGCUAAUUCUCGUUGGGGACCCCAAACAGCUGCCUCCUACAAUUCAGGGUUCUGAUGCAGCUCAUGAAAAUGGAUUGGAACAAACUCUUUUUGAUCGACUUUGCUUAAUGGGUUACAAACCCAUUCUGUUGAGAACCCAAUACCGCUGUCACCCUGUGAUCAGUGCCAUAGCUAAUGAUCUGUUUUAUGAAGGAAACCUCAUGGAUGGCAUUUCGGAGACAGAGAGGAGUCCUGUCCUGGAGUGGCUGCCCACGCUGUGUUUCUAUAACGUAACAGGAGCAGAGCAGGUCGAAAGCGAGAACAGCUUCCAAAAUGUGGCAGAAGCUGCUUUUACACUCAAGCUAAUCCAAUCACUGCUUGUAAGUGGAGUAGCGGGCUCCAUGAUUGGGGUGAUAACAUUAUACAAGUCACAGAUGUACAAGAUUUGCCACUUACUCAGUGCUGUGGACAUUGGCCAUCCCGACAUUAAAGCUGUGCAGGUGUCCACGGUGGAUGCCUUUCAGGGCGCUGAAAAGGAAAUCAUUAUUCUGUCCUGUGUGAGGACAAGACAAGUAGGAUUCAUUGAUUCAGAAAAACGAAUGAAUGUUGCAUUGACCAGAGGAAGGAGGCAUUUGCUGAUUGUGGGAAGUUUAUCCUGUUUGAGGAAAAAUCGACUAUGGGGGCGUGUGAUCCAACACUGUGAAGGAAGAGAAGGUGGAUUGCAACAUGCAAGCCAGUGUGAACCACAGCUAGACCAUCUUCUUAAAGAUUAUUUUGAAAAACAAGCAGAAGAAAAACAGAAGAAAAAGGAAAAAGAAAAAUCUAAGGAUAAAUCUCAUUAACAGAAACAACAACAAAGUAUGGCCAGGAGUGUUGGAUUGUUGUAAAUUCAGAAUCUUUUUACACUGUGUAUUUUUAAUAGUUUUCUUUAUUCUAAAGCCCCUAAUACAAAAAGUUACAUUAUUUAAAUAACAUGCCAAAUAAGUGCGUGUAAAAAUUUGCUCUUUAAAAAGGUCUGCAUUUUAUAUUAAGAUAGGCAGAUGUUUGUGUGAUAGACAAAUGUCUUGUUUAUGAAAGAAACAAAUUUUACAAGAGUCAGGAAGGCAUUCAGUAUGCAUAAAAAAUACAUGAUGGUCUCAAAAGCACAGCCCCAGUCAAGACUACUAGCAGUUUCUUCUGAACUGGAACAUUGGGAUUGAAAUACAUGAAUUGGGGCUGGAGAGAUGGCUCAGUGGAUAAGAGCACUGGCUGUUCUUACAGAGGUCCCGAGUUCAAUUCUCA